AUGAACCCGCACAUCUCUGUUCCUCGUCAACAUGUCGGGCCGACCAAUUUCGGCUCGACCCCCAGCCGCGGAUCCAGCGUGCGCAUGCCGCGCUUCUUCAAGAGACUAUUCAAGUUUCCCCAAAUGGACUUUGAGAUGGCAAUCUGGGAGAUGACCUCAUUGCUCAUUGCCCCCAAGAAAGUAUUCAAGUCCAUCUACUACCAUAAACAGACCAAAAACACAUGGCAUCGCCCUGAUCCGUCCUUCACCUACCUCCUUUCAUUCUUCCUUCUCGUCACAGCUCUCGCAUGGGGGUUGGCUUACACUCCUUCAUUUGGCGCCAUUGUCCGCCUGUCGCUCCUCUUCGUCUUUCUUCAUUUCAUCGGGUCGUCCCUCUUGAUCUCAACCAUCGGCUAUUUCGUCAUUGGCCGUCUCUUCGGCCCCAAUGGCGCCGCAGCCUCUCUGACUGGCUUGCGCGGCUCUCGAGGCCGCCGACGGGGUGCUGCGCAGGGACUGUUUAUGCAGCUGGGAGAGAAGGACCAGCUGGAGUUUGGAUACUGCUUCGACGUCUCUAACCGUGCAUUUUUCCCGCUCUACCUACACCUCUAUGUCGUGCAAUUCUUCCUCCUCCCCAUCCUCACCCGCAACCCGACCAAUUUCUUCGCCACCUUCCUCGGAAACACACUCUACCUCUCCGCCUUGAUUUACUACACUUACAUUACUUUCCUGGGCUACAAUGCUUUGCCCUUCCUGCAUAACACGGAGCUUCUUCUGGUUCCCAUUCUGAUUUUCGCCCUCCUCUGGCUUGUUAGCCUUAUCGCCGGCUGGGGCAUUGUCAUGGAUGGCUGGGGCGUCGAGGGUCUGUUCUGGGGCGUUUAA